GUUAUGACCGCGCCAUUGGAUGUCAAGUACGAUGUUAUUGUCAUCGGUGCCGGAGUUGUAGGACCGGCCAUCGCCACAGCCUUAGCUAGACAGGGCAGAAAGGUAUUGAUUGUAGAGAGAGACUGGGCCAAGCCCGACAGAAUUGUCGGGGAGUUGAUGCAGCCGGCCGGGGUCAAGGCUCUCAGAGAGUUGGGGAUGAUUCUGGCCAUCAACAACAUCGAGGCUUUCGACUGUAGAGGUUACUACAUCAAAUACUUCAACAAGAACAUCCAGAUCCCAUACCCAUUAAAGGAAGAUACAGCUAGAACGAACCCUGUGAAACCGGUGGCUGAUUGUGUCAGAGAUGGCAACGACAAGUUACAGGAAGACUCGACUUUGAGUCCUUCCGAAUGGGACGAAGACGAACGUGUCAGAGGAGUUGCUUUCCACCAUGGAGACUUCUUACAGAACUUGAGACAGAUUGUGAAAGACGAGCCCAACGUAGAAUGGGUCGAGGGAAAUGUCGUCAAGAUCUUGAGAGACAAUUUCGACUCCACUAUUGUGACUGGAGUUAGGGUUAAGGAACUGGUUGGCUCAAAGGACUACCAUGCCAAGUUGACCAUCUGCUGUGACGGUAUCUAUUCCAAGUUCAGAAAGGAGUUGUCCAGCAACAAUGUACCAACCAUAGGCUCGUACUUCAUAGGGUUAUACAUGACCGACUGUAAAUUGCCAGCCAAGCACCACGGCCACGUUAUCUUGGGGGACCAGGCCCCCGUGAUUGUGUACCAGAUCUCUCCUACCGAGACAAGAAUCUUGUGUGCCUAUAGAUCGUUGAAACCACCUUCGCGUGCCAACAACGAGUUGUACAACUAUUUGAAGAACGAGGUCUUGCCCGUGUUGCCCGAAGAAACCAAGCCGGCUUUCGAAAUCGCCUUGGAAGGAGGCAAGUACAGAGUCAUGCCUAACCAAUACUUGCCAGCCAGAAGACAGGGCAGCAGCCAGCACAAGGGAUUGGUAAUGUUGGGAGACUCCCUAAAUAUGAGACAUCCUCUCACCGGUGGUGGUAUGACGGUUGGUUUGAACGAUGCGGUGUUGUUGGCUAAGUUGUUGCAUCCUGCGUACAUUGCUGAUUUUGAGGAGUAUGACGAAGUGUCCCGGAUAUUGAAGCAGUUCCACAGAAAGAGAAAGAAUCUCGACGCCGUCAUCAAUACCUUGUCGGUUGCCUUGUACUCGUUGUUUGCAGCCGACAAAAAUUCGCUCAAGAUCUUGCAAAGAGGCUGUUUCCAGUACUUCUUGUUAGGAGGGUCCUGUGUAACCGGCCCCAUUGGGUUGUUGUCAGGAAUGUUGCCCUUCCCAAUGUUGUUGUUUAACCACUUCUUCAGCGUCGCUUUUUAUGCUAUCUACUGUAACUUCAAAGACAGAGGCUUGGCUGGAUUCCCUAUUGCUCUCUUGGAAGCCUUUGCUGUAUUCUUUACUGCUGUAAUCGUAUUUGCUCCCUACUUGUGGCUUGAGUUAGUAGCCUAGACUUCCAGAGAACAUCUGUCUGUGGUGAAGUGAAACGAAAACACAUAGAGAAAAGAGCUAUACUCAUAUAGACAUACAUGUAUAUUUAAUUAACGUUGAGCUCC